AUGGCCAAGAAGGUUCUAUCACGACUCCAUCAGACUAGACCAGCUCCUGCAGACAGUCUCCUCCCUGACCUGUCCAGCAAAACUGAGCCAACGCUCUUUGUCGACUGGCCAGAGAAAGAGAGAAAAGUUGCCAUCGCCAAACUCCACAAACUCGCUGCCCAACAGCCCGCCUCUACCACAACUCGUCUCCCUGCUCCUUGCCCCCGUCGCUUCAAGUGGAUAAUCUUCGCCAUGCUUUUCCUCGCACUCGGAUUCAUAGCAUUCGCCGUGGUGGCUUCGCUUGCCUUGGCCGCCAACGCCGACAGAGAGACGGACCUGGUUGCUAAGCUUCGCAUGGCCAACACCAACCUCGACCGCAUGAAGCUGCUCCCAGACGACUCGGACUGGUUCUUCGAUUUCACCAAACAGGAUACAUACACAUUUUCUCCCGGCGGUGUCAUCAACGCCAAUGCCGCUACCUUCCCUGCCACUGUGGGACAAGGCAUGACCUUGGCCAUGCUUAACCUGGGUCCAUGCUCCAUGCUUCCACCACACUUUCACCCCCGAGCAACCAACUUUGUCGUUGCGAUCAGCGGAACAACCCAAACCUACAUGAUUGCCGAAAAUGGAGCACGUACCGUGACUGAGGUCCUCAAAGCAGGCCAGAUGACCAUCUUCCCGACUGCUUCUGUCCACACCAUGAUGAAUAUCGGCUGCGAGAACGCACAGUUAAUCUCUUCUCUCAACUCUGAUGACAGCGGCACCACCAACCUCGCCAAUACGUUCUUCUCCCUUCCAGCCAACAUUACCAAUACCGUCAUUGGCGGCGGACUUAGCGCUCAAGACAUUUACGGCCGAGUCCCUGCUGUCGGCACCGGUUCCAGUUUCGGCCCGAAUCAGUGCAGAGCCGCAUGUGCCAAGCAGGGGAAGAUGCUCAAGCGUGAAUGGUAG